CCAGUUGCGAAGAAUGGCAACUUCUAAUUGAAAAGUGCUAUUUCUGGUUAUGGGGCAUUGUAGAAUGGCCCUAACUACUGCGUAGUGUUAUGAAAAACACCCAAAAGUGACUCGUUGAAAUAUACGGGAGUUGCGUAUUGUUUUGCAUACACUACACCAUGACAAAAUAAGAAUCCUCUUAAAAAUGUAAAUCGCAACACUCGAAGAGGGAAAAUAAUCGUGGCAUCACGAAUAAAUUUAUUUUGUCGCGUAAGCUUUCUAUCAAAAUUAUACGCGUUAUCUCUCAUCCAUCGAGUGAACAUAUCGUUGAUACAUACAUGCAAAUCGUAUUUUACAAAACCGUAUAUUAAUCGUACUAUUGCAUUGAGUUGCAAUAUGGACAAGGAAAUUAAGGAAGAUCGAAGAGAUAAGAAUCCAGAUGAAGAAAAGCCACACAUUUCUCCUAAAUCAUCUGAGACAGAGGAUUAUUCAGAGAUGGAAAGAUUAGGUAGAUAUUUAGCUCAAAAGUUGAGACUUAUCGAUUUCUCAGGGAAUGAUCAGAGAGAUGAAUCGCAAAGAAUUUUGCGUGAACUCAGUUUAGAUGGAAUUGUCGAAUAUAUUAAAGAAAAUACAAAUUGCAAAAUUAUUACUAUGGCAGGCGCUGGCAUUUCUACCUCUGCUGGAAUACCAGACUUUCGGUCUCCAUCUAGUGGACUUUAUCAUAAAUUAGAGAAAUAUAAUUUACCCCAUCCACAGGCUAUUUUUGAAUUAGAUUUUUUUAUGAAGAAUCCUGAACCAUUCUUUACACUUGCAAGGGAUUUGAUGCCAGAAGGUUUCAAACCGACGACGUGUCAUUAUUUUAUUCGUUUGUUAUGGGAGAAAGGUCUAUUAUUACGACAUUAUACGCAAAAUAUCGAUACUUUGGAACGUAUAGCUGGACUUCCUUCUGACAAACUAGUGGAAGCUCAUGGAACAUUUCACACUGGUCGUUGUCUUAAAUGUCGAGCGCCAUAUACACUUUCAUGGAUGAAAGAAAAAAUAAUGGGAGGCAUAAUACCGAAAUGUGAAGAAUGUAAUGAAGGUAUCGUAAAACCUGACAUAAUCUUUUUCGGUGAAAUGUUACCCGAACGAUUUCAAGUACUUGCCGAUCGAGAUUUCGUUCAAGCUGAUCUUUUAAUUAUCAUGGGAUCCAGUUUGGUGGUGCAACCUUUUGCAUCACUAAUAGACAGAGUGCGAACUACUUGCCCACGCCUACUUAUCAACAAUGAAAAAGUAGGUAUGCAAGAUCGUCUAUCGCGCUUCUUAGGACUACGACAAGGUCUGGUGUUUGACUCUAGGAAUACUCACGGUGGACGCGAUGUAGCUUGGUUAGGUGAUUGCGAUGCAGGUUGUCAGUUGCUAGCGGACAAACUUGGCUGGAGGGAUGAUUUGCAAGCUCUUAUACAAAGAGAGCACGAAAGUUUGAAUUCAGGAAACAGAAGUGACAAUUGAUCGACUGAUAAAAUGUUACAAUGAUAAUGGAUAAGUGGAAUUUCUUUUUGAGGGAAAAAAAUCGUCGUUUUAUCGAUAUUUUAUGUUGAUUCAAGAAGCUGGGAAGUUGAAGUUUUAUUCAAGGUAGGUGUGUGACAAAAAUACUGUUAGAAUACUAAAAUGAUAUCUAACGUGCAGUUGAAUGUAUUCAUUUGUUGAUAUAUUUGAUUGUUUCUUCAAAGCUGAAAGUUAGAUAAUACAAAUGUUAAUGUAUAGAAUACCAUUAGAAAUUAUACUAUUAGAGAGAGUGAGAGAGAAAGGGGAAAUUAUACUAUUGUGCAGACGUUAAUUAUCAGACAUUAUUUGAUUUCUGAUCCGAAUAAAAAAUCCAAAUAUGAAAAUAUGA